AUGACUUGCCACAGAGAUCUGGCGCGGUACGGGCAGUGGUUGCCCACUGCACGCAUGAAGCAGGAAGUGCUGGUCGAGCCCCUGGUCCCGGAAGCCACCCGCGAGGGCACGGCAACCUGUCGCAUGUGCGACAAGCUAGGCGGUAAAAGGCCGAUGACCAAAUGCUCGCAGUGCGAUCAUAUCCACCACGAGAGCUGCGUGAAGAGACUCAUCCGCAUCGCUGCCCGCCACGGCCACCGGCUGGCAUACGGGUGCCCCGGCUGCGGAAAGCCGUGGGUGACCCCUAGCCAGCUGGCGCAGCGCGAGAGGAAGGCGGCGGAGGAAAAAAGGUGCGCAGACUUGCUCGAGCGUAUGCUCCCUGCUGCGGACCGAGAGGCCUCCAGGGAGUCCCUCGACCUCGAGCCUUACCGCGGCCCGGACGCCCGCUACCCCCAUGUCCGCGAGGGAGACCGCUAUAUCUGCGCGUUUAAACUGACGCGCAGUAGAGACUGCUCCAAAAGCUACAGCCGCCUGACCAAACUCAAGGCGCACCAGCGCAUGAUCCACUACAGUGGUAUCUCCCAGUGCCAGGAAUGUGGGGGUGACUUCAGCAACCCCUCUAACCUCCGUAACCACUGCCGCCGCUGCCACCCUCCUCCCCCUCCGUUCUCUCCUCGCUGCGCCGAGCCCCAGUGCGGCGUGGAGUGUGCGGAUCGGAAAGCCCUUGUCCAACACCUCAAUCUUCGCCAUGACCUCCGGGUCGAUGGCAGGGCCUGCACCUGGUGUGGCCUCCGGUGUUGGUCAUGGGUGGAGGCCAUAGAUCACUGUGGCAAUGAUCAUUGGUAUCGUCUUGAAGAUGGGUUCCUCUACCGAUGA